AUGGCCUCAGUGUUCUCCGCCAUCUGGCCCCUCCUCUCCUCUUACAGGCCCAAUGCCGCUCGGGAUCGCCAGCAACGCGAGGACAAGCCACAGAGGUUUGGAGCGUUCGAAGCUACCUACCGACCCCCAGGCUUUGCUGUCCGCAGACCCCGCAAUGACAGAGAAGCCCAGGCUAUGUACAACCAUAUCCGUACAGUAGCCUACUGGCUUGACGCUGCGCCUGUGCUGGCCGAUCUAGGACUGCCCUUCCGAGCGGGUCUAGACGAUAUAAUCUCCUUGGUUCCCAUCUAUGGUGAUAUCGUCUCUGGUAUCUUGCAGCUCUACCAAGUGUGGCUGGCAUUCAUCUUUGGGGUUCCAACGAACAUCCUGGGUUAUAUGUUGUUCAACGUCAUUAUUGACGUUCUGGUCGGCAUCGUCCCCCUGAUUGGCGAUUUUAUCGACAAUCUGUUCAAAUCCAACUUGCGUAAUCUUGCACUCCUCGAGACAUGGCUCCUCACGUCUCCGGCGGCAAACCGCCAAUACCACAUCUUGUUGAUGCCCGAGUCGGGUGAAUUUUUGCCGGUGCCAAAGGCGGCGGGAGCAGGAUGGUUUGGUAGGAGCGGCAAGGGGCGGACCGAGGAGGAUGUGGAGAGGGAGAGGGAGAGGACUACCGGCAAAGUCAGGAAGACGAGGAGGAUGGGUAAGGAGGAGGGGGUACCAGUUCAGGAAGUCCCUGUGGAGGAAGUUCCUCUGGGAACGUUGUAG